ACUCACCCACUGGAGUUGCCUGAAAGCGCAUGCGUGCAGCGUUGCCUGACCAAAAAGACUACAGGGUCCAGAGAUACUUGCGGCAUCUCGCGCAAAAGUCCGUAGUUGAAAGUGGCAAAGGGGUCCAAACCGGAGGAAGUAAGACUCCACGGGGUCAGGGCUUGGGUCUUGCCCUGAAGACCCUCGGAAGACCCGGCCCCAGCGCAACUAUGAACUUGGAGCGGGUGUCCAACGAGGAGAAGUUGAACCUGUGCCGGAAGUACUACCUGGGUGGGUUUGCUUUCCUGCCUUUUCUCUGGUUGGUCAACAUCUUCUGGUUCUUCCGAGAGGCCUUCCUUGUCCCGGCAUACACGGAACAGAGCCAAAUCAAAGGCUAUGUCUGGCGCUCAGCUGUGGGCUUCCUUUUCUGGGUGAUUGUGCUCACCACUUGGAUCACUAUCUUCCAGAUCUACCGGCCACGUUGGGGCGCCCUUGGGGACUACCUCUCCUUCACCAUACCCCUGGGUACCCCCUGACAACUUCUGCACAGGCCUGAGGACCAGGAUGGGCUCCUCUACUCCGAGCCUGCUCUCAAGCCCCUAAGACUUGUUCCUAUCUCCUAUGUUCUCUGCUGACAUCCCCUAAUAAAGGACCCUAAGUCUCAA